UACAUUCAAUCAUUUGUUUUCUUUCAGGCUGUGAUCAAUAAAAUGGAGGUACAAUGCAAGUGUCACGGUGUCAGCGGUUCAUGCGAAAUGCGAACUUGUUGGCGUUCGUUACCGAAAUUCCGAGAUCUCGGAGAACAUUUACAAGAACGCUUUCAUCAAGCAAUUUUGGUCGAUUACGUGGACAAACGGCUUGUCCCAGUGGAUACACUGACCGAACAAUCACCCGACAUUGGUACAUACGGAAGACGGUGUGUGGAGGAUGCAAAAGGUCUGAACAGUUGCGAAUAUUUGUGCUGCAAUCGCGGAUUUAAACGAGAAACGUUUGUUCAGGAAGAAAGGUGCAACUGCAAAUUCCAGUGGUGCUGCAAAGUGAUAUGCCAAACGUGUCGCAAGACAGUAGUCGUAUCGACCUGUAACUAA